CGAUAUCACUUUCUUGUUGGGUAUAAAAGCCGCAGGAGCCCCCAUUUGCAGCAUUGUAGAGGUUUUUAUCAAAAAGAUUGUCCAUUAGCUUCCGUCAUCAUGCCUCUUGUCGCUCAGAAUCCGAAGCAUCGCGUCAUCCUGGGUCUAAUGACCUUUGGACCCCCUGGUAGUGAGGAGCUUGAUGCACGUAUCUGCGAUUCGGAAACAUUUACCAAGGCCCUCGAUGUCUUUCAGGGUCGAGGAUACAGCGAAAUCGACACAGCACGCGUCUAUGUCGGUGGUAAGCAAGAGGCCUGGACUCGCCAGGUUGGUUGGCAGGAGAGGGGUUUCACUCUGGCCACCAAGGUCAAGUAUCCCAGGGACCCUGGCGACAAUACGGCCGAGAAGGUUGUUGAGUCGGUCGAGACCAGUCUGAAGGAGCUCGGAACCGACUGCAUCGAUCUGCUCUACCUCCAUCGUCCUGAUCGUGGUAUCCCCUUUGCAGAGACGCUGGAGGCCAUCGAUAAGCUCCACAAGGCAGGAAAGUUUGUUCGAUUCGGCAUCAGCAACUUUGCGGCGCAUGAAGUGGCAGAGGUUGUCAUGACCUGCAAGUACAACGGCUGGGUGCGACCCACGGUGUACCAGGGCAUGUACAACUGCGUCACCCGUUCCAUCGAGUCGGAACUCUUUGUCGCAUGCAAGCGGUACGGACUCGACAUUGUCGUGUACAACCCCAUCGCCGGCGGCUUGCUUUCUGGCAAGAUCAAGUCACGGGACAUUGCGCCUGACAGCGGCCGCUUCUCGGACAACUCUAGGAUUGGCAAGAUGUAUCGCGAUCGCUACUUUAGAGAGAGCACCUUCAAAGCGUUGAGUGUUAUUGAGCAGGCCGUGGAGAAGCACGGGUUGACCAUGAUCGAGACGGCACUGCGGUGGAUGGUUCACCACUCCCAGCUUCGCAUCACCAACGGCAACGAUGGAAUCAUCAUUGGCAUCUCCAACGUGGACCAGCUGGAGAACAAUCUCGACAACCUGGAGAAGGGGCCGCUCCCCGACGAGGUGGUGCAGGCACUUGACCAGGCAUGGCAGUUUUCCAAGGCAGAUACGCCCAACUACUGGCACGGGGAGUUGGAAUACGGAUAUAAUGUCCACGAGGCUCUCUUUGGUGCUGGGGCGAAAUAAGUCAGGAACCCGACAGCUUCUAUGGAACUUGGGUACUGUACGUAGGCAAGGCAGACGAAGCAACAGAGCUGAGAUAAAGGCGCCAACUCACGUGCCGUCCUCUGUGACUACCGCGCCUCAUCUGGUUAUCUCAACCAUCUCAGCUGGUGGUGGUGGUGUGGUGAGACGGGUGCUGAGCGCGCGUGGUGGUGUAGGGGGCACAUGACCAAAGGUGUCAUCGUUAUCGUGGGACCAGCUUGGCACCUUUCAGAAACCGACUCAUGAUAGCUCAAGAGUAGCGCAGCACGCAAUCAGAUGUUGAGACGGAAUAGCACAUGGCAU